GUGCCACCUUCUCCGGGGCAGGCAACUCUCCGGACAUGGGCUCACGUCUACCAGCCAGCUGCCAUCUGUGCCUAGGACCCGCGGAGCACGCUGGCUCGCCUCCAGCCUGAAGGAGCCCUGGCCCUGGGCUCAGGCGGAAAUGGCGGCCCCUCCCCUCCUGGCUGCUGCCUGUCUUCAGUUCAGCAAGACUCCUGACUGCUCCUGCCUGUUCCUGUCCAGCUCACGAUGAGGGCUCUAGCUGCUCUGAGAGACGGCGAGAGAAAGCGGAUCUGGCUUAUCCAACUCUCUCCCCUCUCUGGCACACUGCCUCUCCGCAGCCCCCGGCAAGGCCCACCCCCGGCAGAGCCCCCUCGGCUUCCCACCAGAGCUUGCCAAUGCUUGGCUCAGCAGAAACAAGGCCCGAAGAGCUGUACGGAGCAUCCCCCAGAUUGCAGCUGCUGAGAAGCAUCUCCCGUCAAGCUGGUUCCAGGCUCCUCUGCUUCUGACAUUAUUGAAAACCUGACAGGCUCUCUGAGGACUGCUCAGCCACCCUGGGCCCUCUUCUGGGCAGCUGUGCCCAGGACCAUGGAGAGUCUGAGUGAACUCCAGAACCCGCUGCUGCCUAGGAGCCCUGCCCACCUGCACGGCCCCUAUCGCUACCUGGAGGCUUCGCCCAGCUGGCCCUGCCAGGAGAAGCUCUACUCCUACCUCCUGGGUGGUGCUGGCCCUGCUCACGCCCACCAGCUCCUGGACCCGGGGUCCCUGCAGCUGGCUGUGGAGGCCUGGUACCGGCCCAGCUGCCUCCUGGGGAGGGAUAAGGCCAAGGAACCCAGGGCAGGCAGCUGUGAAACCAGCUUCACAGAGGGCAGGGAGCCCCAGGCUGGGUCUGCAGAGCAGGCCCCAGGGCCUGGCCAGGCCGAAGAGGAUGUCACUAUCCAGACUGUGUCCUACAGCAUCCAGGACGAGCUGCAGGGCCGGGAGGAUGACCAGGAGGAGGAGGAGGAGGAGGUGAAUUCACCAAGAAACUGUGAGGGGGAUCUCAGACUGUGCCAGGCAUCCAGAUCACCAGGGAGUGAUGUGACUUCAACGGAGAGUGAAAGUGAAGACCACUUCCUCACGCUGCCUCCCAGGGACCACCUGGGGCUCAGCAUCUUCUCCAUGCUCUGCUGCUUCUGGCCGCUAGGCAUUGCCGCCUUCUACUUCUCCCAGGGGACCAGCAAGGCCAUCUCCAAGGGGGACUUCCGCCUGGCCGGCACCACCUCCCGCCGGGCCCUCUUCCUGGCCACGCUCUCCAUCGCCGUGGGGGCCGGUCUCUAUGUGGCUGUGGUGGUGGCGCUGGCCGCUUACAUGUCCCAGAAUGGCCACGGCUAGUGGCCAGUGGGGCCUGGCAGCUUGACUCCCCUGCUCCACCCGAGGAGGUAGCAGGGCCAGGGGUUGCAGACUCUGGAGAGCCAUGAACCCCGGCCCCCUAAGACAAUUCAUGGGAGUGGCUCGUUGGGAGGAGGCCGCCCAGUCUGCAGGUAGCAGCGCUCAACCUUCCCUUCUUCUUGCCCCCUGCUCCCAACCCCAGAGUAGGGUCAGGGGGUACCACUCUGAAGCCCAGGCUGUUGAGGGGGAAGUGGGAGAAGGUAGGGCCGCCCCUCAGGCCCUCCAGGCAGGGACCAGCUCUUGCUUGAGGCAGGCUGGAGGCUCAGCUAAUGCUGCCCGUUCCCUAGAUGCCCUGCAGGCAGCAUACUACCCACCUCCACCAGCCUCCCCACAGCGAAAGAGUAGGAGAUUACGAUAGGGGUCAGGGGGUCUGACCUGGUCCUCCACCCAUAGGAGCCUCCACUCUGGGGACCGCUCCACUCUCUGGUCCCAUGACACUCAGACCCCAACCAGCCAGGGAGGACAUACACAGAGACACAGCGGCCCUUGUUCUUUCUGAUCCUGGGGUAUACUUGGUCUCUACUGUGGGUUUGUAAGACACCGUCAACUCGAGAUAGAGAAGAGGAGUCCCAGGCAUUUAAACUCUGAACCAAGAGCAGGUUCUUUGAGCUUUUCUAUGCAGGAGUGAAAGACCAUGUGAAGACAGAGAGAGGGAGAAAAACGGGGACUGGAGGACCCUGAAAUAUUGCCCGUUCCCUGCUCUGCCCCCCUGUUCCUUGCUCCCAUGAUCCUUCUCUUAGCUCUGCCUGGAGGUCCCUGAGCUGGGGCCAUCCCAGGGAAAGAGAAGGAGCAUCAUCAGCCCAACAACCACUGAGCUCAGCACCCUAGAUCCAACCCUGUUGGAAAUGCAGUGAAGUUCAGACCUUGGGGAGCGAUGAGUCUAGAUGAGAAGAGAGACACGGGAUGGGUGUGGCCCUGCUGAGUAGUCAGCAGUGCUCGGAAGCCUUCCUGGAAGAGGUGUCCCUUGAGCAAGGCCUAGAAAGAUGGUUAGAAUUUAUCUAAAAGAUCUGUUUUCACAUAUCCCUUAGUAUUCGUGGGUGGAGGUGUGGCAGGCAUCCUCCAAGGUGGUUCCAAGCUGUUUGGAUUCUGCUGAUAGCAUCUGGGCUGGAACCAAACUGCAGCCAUCUCUGAGGGCUCCAGCCAUUUUAGAAGUCAACGGGGAGGUCAGGUGUCUCAGAGACCAGCAAAGUAUUCCCAUCUGUGAAAGCUGGGGUCUGGUGGGUUGGCACUGCUAUCCUGGGGAGUAGGUCCCACCCCAGCCCCAGGCCUGCUUUGGAGCUUCUUCACUAACAGCACCACCUCAGGGCUGAUUGCAAUACCUCCAGCUGCUAAGGAACAUCCAGAAUUUUUGAGAGAUCCAAGCAGAGGGGCAGCCCCUCAGGAGAGCAGGACCGUUUUGUGCAUGAUCUGGGGACUUGUCAUUCCCGUGUCCCAUCCAGAGCCCAGGCUGUGGAUUCACCACUGACCAUCCCUUGUCUCACUGCCCCCUUCCCACACCUCCCCGCCUGCCAUGGCCCUGGCCCAGCCCUCCACACCCUGCCUCUCCUUAAGUUCCAAGGGCCCAGGAUCAGUGAUUUUACUGUCCUGCUAUUGUAUAUAUUUAUCCUUGUAAUAAACAUUUCUCUAACA